GCGGGGCUCAGCUCGGCGGGGCUGGGCUGGGCUCGGCGCGGCUCUGCGCGGUGCGGCUGCAGCGGCGGCGGCGGUCCCCCAGCUCCGCGGCCGCUCCGCGCUCCCCCUCCCUUCCCCUUCGCCUCCAUGGCCACCAAAAUCGACAAGGAGGCGUGCAGGGAGGCGUACAACCUCGUCAGGGACGAUGCCACCGAGGUGAACUGGGUGACGUUUAAGUACAACGGCUCUACAAUCGUCCCUGGAGACCAAGGGGUAGACUAUGAGACCUUUAAAAGGAAGUGCACAGAUGAUGUCCGAUUGUUUGGCUUUGUCCGAUUCACCACCGGCGAUGCCAUGAGCAAGCGAGUCAAGUUUGCCCUCAUCACCUGGAUUGGAGAGGAUGUCAGUGGCCUGCAGAGAGCCAAAACUGGGACUGACAAGACUCUGGUCAAAGAAGUAGUACAGAACUUUGCCAAAGAAUUUGUGAUCAGUGACCACAAAGAGCUGGAUGAGGAUUACAUCAAGAAUGAGCUGAAGAAAGCAGGGGGGGCUAAUUAUGAUGCACAGACUGAGUAAACACGUGAACCUCCUGGCACCAUCACCUGGAUCUCAAAAGGGAGGGGAAAGGCACAACAAACUAACACAACUGAGAGAUGAGGCAACUGAAAUCCCCAGCUUUCUGUGGCUGCACCUAAGAACUCCCUUUUUUGCAUACAGUGGACUUUUAUUUUCCAUUCCGUCUCGUUAAACAUCCCUCUCUGGGGUUCUGUUUUUCUUUUUUUCGCACUUUUUUUACUCAUAACUCUGUCCAUGUUCUUGCAUCUGUGGAAUUUAGGUUCUGCUUUGGUCCUAUUCAGCACUGUGUUUGUAGAGGCUUGCCACUGUGUCCUUCUUCAUGUCUGUGGGUUUUAAUUGGGCUCAACCUGGUCUCUGAGGGAAGAAAGUUUUGGGGGAGUUCUGAACAUCAGUGAUUUUAAUUUUUAAAAAAAUUUGUUCUGACUGAUAUUCUUGGGAAUAAUAUUUUUUUUUGCUGUUCUAGGCUCAGAUCAGCUUGAGUUGACUUCCCUCAAACUUUGAUUAAAUCAUCUAAGCUUGAAUGUCCAGCUGAGACAUCUAACAGCUUAAACAACAAAGUGAACAAACAUACAAAUUCUUUGACUCCUAAUAAUGGGAAUAAAUUUGCCUUAAACACUGCUUGACAGUUGCUAUGCUAUGUGCUGCAUCUCUAUCCCUCCCUCUUAAAAAUAAGAUCCACCAUGAUCCGAAAGUGAGGGGUUUGUUGCUUUUUUUUGGAGGUAUCAUGGCACAGUAAACUGAGGGGCUUAGAAAUGUCUGGACACUUGGUCACUAUUUUGUGUACGUUGGUCUCUGGGUUUGUAUUUGACUUUCCUAAUGCUGGGGCUCAGGAGGUGAAACUGGAAUACAUAGAUUUCCUUUUUUAAAUGAUGUCUGCAAAAAUAGCAGCAGCUGAAUCCUUCUCUGCCCAUGUCCCCCCUGGUUAUUUUACAGUUUAACACAACAUCCUCGGUUAUUUGGGGCCUUUGGCAGUGAACCAUCCUGCAGCUGGGACCAAAGGAUGGAGCAGGGCAGCUCCAUCCCAGUCAGGAUGAAACAUUCAACAUCAGAGGCCCAGAGAGAACCUGGGCACAGUCUGGUACCAAACUGUUUGUUUGGGGGCUUCUUUGUAUGGCUUUUUUUCUUUUUUCUUCCAUCAAAGGUGACUGUCCCCAGAAUUAUGUGUUGGGAGAAACUGUGGGGCUUGGGAGUCAGUGCUUAUAAACCCAUUCCAGAAAUAAAUGUUUUUCAAGAACA